AUGGGCAACCGGUUAGCUUGUUGUCGCCAAACAUGGAUAGAAUUUCAUGAUGAAAGUGAAGAAGACUGCAAGAAUCACACACUACCCCGAGUUUUUGGUCAUCAGAAUAAUGGUGCUGAUUUCUCUGAAGAGGAUAGUGGAUUCAAAAUUGAAAAUCGUGAACCCUGUGUCAGUUGUACACGUAUUAGCGUACCUGAGAAACUUUCUGUUGCAUAUAAUUUAACACAACACAUAAGUGAACGGGAACCAGAAGAUGUCGAGUUUGACCCAUCACUUAAUGCCUCACAACAUACACUGUUCCUUUCCGGCAUUACACCUGAAUAUCAGAUAGUAGGAUUUCCCAGGGACCUGACGCCCAAGUCUAGGAAAGGGGCUUCUACAACCCUUUCUAUUAAACGGUGGAGUUCUUGCAGUACUAUAUAUGUUGGGGAUGGCUAUCUGGCUCGUCCUGAUGUGAAUGACAUUGUAUGUAGCGUGUCAGUGGCUAUUCAACUUCUUAUGUGCAGUGAUCUAAACAAACAUUUUUCAAAGCUGUUACAUAAACCGGGUGUAAAUUCAUGUCCUGACUUCCUGCAGGAUAUGUAUGAAGAGGUGUAUAGAAAUUUUGAUGAACGAGUCUACCCCAUUGAGCACCUCGUGUAUGAUGAAGAUGCAAAUGCCAAUACUAUAAAUGAUUGGAAAUCUUCAACAGCCUAUCAUAUUCGACAGUUUCUGCGUCGUCUUUUCAGCACAGCCCUAUUGGGACCCGAAUGUGCUAUUGUAGCCCUUAUAUUUCUUGAACGACUUAUACUUGGAGCCGAAGUGGCUAUGACAUCAUGGACAUGGCGUCGUCAACUUUUAGCUUGUGUUCUUCUUGCUAGCAAAGUUUUAGAUGAUCAGGCUGUAUGGAAUAUUGACUAUUGCCAAAUUCUCCGGGAUAUCCAUGUUGAGGAUUUGAAUGCUUUGGAACGACACACAUUAAGACUGUUACGGUUUAAUAUCAAUGUACCAUUUGGAGUAUAUGCCAGAUAUUAUUUUGACUUGUUAACCGUUGGGGAGAGCGCUGGAGUCGCAAAUCAAGCUGUUAAACGAAAACGCUUAACUCCUGAAAGAGCACGCAACUUCCGAAUAUUACCUACUAAUUUGGAAAUAUGUACAUCGGACAAAACAUUAUUAGAUAGAGGAUUUCUUUUUGACUUACCUUCUUUCACAAAAUCAGAAGUAUUGUGCAAUAAGAAAGAGAAACAAAAGCGUAUUACUAUUCAGAAAUCAACAGAUGUUAAAUGCUACAAAGACGGUAAUCAUAAAAAGUUCAUUAAAACUCCCUUUUUAAGUCGAAAUCAGGCAACUAACCAUGAAAUUAACUUGUCCAACCCAAAGUUUGAUCUUAUGCUUGAUCAUGUAACAGUUCCUGUUGAUAUUAAUUAUCAGUCUUUCAAUAAUGUAAUUUCCGAUGAAUCGUUGGUUCCGAUCCACCUAGAUGAAGAAACCGAUUUUGUAAAUUCUACUCCCCCAACUUUUUCAAAGUUAAGAGAUUUUACUUGUCAGUCGAAACAAUCAAAAACAAAGUACUCUUACACAGACCAAGAGCCUUCUAACCAGUUUCAUCCCUUAUUAUUAUCAUCAUCUUUGAAUUAUCAAAAAGAAACAGUUCCUUGCACGAAGCUUCUGAUCAACUCCUCCUGUAAGCCUUUCCAAACGUCAGCUUGUGUUCGGAAUUUUAAUCCACCUUGUUCCUUAAAUGAAGCAACAGGUGUAGAUCCCAAUAAUGUAACCGAUUCUCGUAUGGGAACAGAGUUUAUGCGAUCUCUUAUGGGUGGCGAUGUAGCUUAUUCCUUAUUACGCGAUUCUGGAUUACCUAACCUAAUAUGUCAGUUAAGGCGCUUAGUUUGUGAGUUGCGUUGGUUGUCCCCGCGAUUACCAUUUUUAUCCAAAAUGAGUGAACUGGACCAGCUACGGCAAGAAAGUGAACAACUCAAAAAUAUGAUCAGGGAGGCCCGCAAAGCUGCAGCUGAUACUACGCUACUUCAAGCAUCUAGUAACGUGGAGCCAGUAGGACGAAUUCAGUUGCGUACUCGUCGUACUUUACGCGGCCAUUUGGCCAAAAUUUAUGCUAUGCAUUGGAGCACUGAUUCGCGCAAUCUUGUAUCUGCCUCACAAGAUGGCAAACUUAUAGUUUGGGAUGGGUAUACUACUAACAAGGUUCAUGCCAUUCCUCUAAGAAGUAGUUGGGUCAUGACCUGUGCCUAUGCACCUUCCGGUAAUUAUGUCGCAUGUGGUGGUUUGGACAACAUUUGCUCCAUUUACAAUCUUAAAACACGCGAAGGUAAUGUACGUGUCAGUCGUGAGCUUCCGGGACAUACAGGAUACUUAUCAUGUUGUCGUUUUCUUGAUGAUAGCCAAAUUGUAACAAGUUCUGGUGAUGUGACUUGUGGACUUUGGGAUAUUGAAACUGGGCAACAAGUUGCUACUUUCACAGGUCAUACAGGUGAUGUAAUGAGUCUUAGUUUAGCACCUGAUCUACGGACAUUUGUUUCAGGAGCUUGUGAUGCGUCGGCAAAACUAUGGGAUAUACGUGAUGGUCAAUGUAAACAAACGUUCACUGGACAUGAAUCAGAUAUCAAUGCAAUUAUAUUCUUUCCGAGCGGUUUAGCUUUUGCAACUGGUAGCGAUGAUGCAACCUGUCGAUUUUUUGAUAUUAGAGCUGAUCAAGAAAUUGGAAUGUUUAGUCAUGAUAAUAUUAUUUGUGGAAUAACAAGUGUUGCUUUCAGUAAAAGUGGACGAUUACUACUUGGUGGAUAUGAUGAUUUCAAUUGCAAUAUAUGGGAUACACUUAAACAAGAACGUGCUGGUAUAUUGGCUGGACAUGAUAACCGUGUUAGUUGUUUAGGCGUGUCCGAAGACGGUAUGGCAGUAUGCACAGGAUCAUGGGAUAGUUUUUUGCGAAUAUGGAACUGA